CCGCCGCCGCCUCCCGCCGCCAGCGCCGACAUGGAGGCCGUGAACGCCUUCAACCAAGAGCUCUUCUCACUGAUGGAGAUGAAACCUCCUAUUUCCCGAGCAAAGAUGAUUCUCAUCACAAAAGCUGCCAUUAAAGCUAUUAAGCUCUACAAGCACGUUGUCCAGAUUGUGGAGAAGUUUAUCAAAAAGUGCAAGCCAGAGUACAAAGUGCCGGGCCUGUACGUCAUCGACUCCAUCGUGCGGCAGUCGCGGCACCAGUUCGGCACCGACAAGGACGUCUUUGGGCCCAGGUUCUCCAAGAACAUCACUGCCACAUUCCAGUAUUUGUAUCUGUGCCCAUCUGAAGACAAGAGUAAAAUAGUUCGUGUUCUGAACCUCUGGCAGAAAAAUGGAGUAUUUAAAAUUGAAAUCAUUCAGCCUCUCUUGGAUAUGGCAGCAGGAACCAGUGCCACUGCACCCAUGGCAGAGAAUGCUACUAACAAUGAAGGCUCGCCGCCCCCUCCGGCCAAGGUUCCCUCGGAGCCGCCGCCGGUGACCGCGAACUCGGUGCCCGCCGUGCCGCAGCUGCCCAGCUCCGACGCCUUCGCAGCCGUGGCCCAGCUGUUCCAGACAACACAGGGACAACAGCUGCAGCAAAUCCUGCAGACCUUCCAGCAGCCUCAGAAGCCCCAGUCACCGGUCAUAGACAACACUGUGAUGGCUCAGGUUCAAGCUAUUACUGCUCAGCUGAAAACCACAGCAGCACAGCCCCCAGAGCAGAAAGCUGCUUUCACAGCACCUGAGCAGAAAACAUCAUUUGACAAAAAGCUGCUAGAUCGGUUUGACUACGAUGAUGAACCAGAAGCUGUGGAAGAUUCUAAGAAAGAAGAUUCAGCUCCUUCCCCUGCAGUGUCUCAGCCAGCUUUGACCUCUCUCUCAUUCAGUGCACAGGCUGGAUGGUGCUCAAUGCCGGGUGGGUUUCCAGGAGAAGGCAUGCAGCAGCCAGUGUUUCCUCAGCUCCCAAACAUGGAUCCAUUUCAGCAGCGGAUGAUGGGAAUGCAGCAGGAUCCGAUGCGGCACCAGGUGCCUCUUCCUCCGAAUGGGCAGAUGCCAGGCUUUGGUCUCCUGCCUACCCCCCAGUUCCCACCCAUGGCUCAGCCAGUGAUGCCUCCAGCAGCACCAGUGCAGCCAACUUUCCAGUCUCCCUUCCCAGUGCAGGCUGAGCCACACCUGCAGAAACCCCACCAGCAGGAUAUGGAAGUGGAACAGCCUCCCAUUCAGGAGGGAAAACGGCAUGUUUCUGACAGUAGGAAAUCAAGAUCUAGAUCUGCAUCAAGGUCCCCCAAGAGGAGACGCUCGCGGUCGGGCUCGCGCUCGCGGCGCUCGCGGCACCGGCGCUCCCGCUCGCGCUCCCGGGAGCGGCGCCGGCGCUCGCCCAAGUCCCGCUCGCAGGAGCGGCGCGAGCGCGAGCGGGAGAAGGAGCGCCGCUCCAAGGGGCUGCCCCAGAUCAAGGCAGAGACUGUCAGUGUUUGCAGUACCACACUCUGGGUAGGACAGCUGGACAAAAGGACGACUCAGCAGGAUGUGGGAAGUCUCCUGGAGGAGUUUGGCCCCAUUGAGUCCAUCAAUAUGAUACCGCCCAGAGGAUGUGCCUACAUUGUCAUGGUGCACAGACAAGAUGCCAACAGAGCCCUGCAGAAACUGAGCCGAGGCAACUUCAAAGUCAACCAGAAAUCCAUCAAGAUUGCCUGGGCUCUGAAUAAAGGAAUAAAGCCAGACUACAAGCAGUAUUGGGAUGUGGAACUGGGUGUGACUUACAUACCAUGGGACAAAGUCAAACCUGAAGAUCUGGAAAGUUUCUGUGAAGGAGGAAUGCUGGACAACGAGACCCUUAGUCCAGAGUGGAAGGGAAUUCCCAAGAAGUCUGAGAAUGAAGUGGCUCAGAAUGGAGGCGCAGAAGCUGCACACAAUGAACCAGUGUCACCUAUUCCCAAAGCUUUACCUGUCCCAAUUCCUGUUCCCAUGCCUGCACCAAUAACAGUACCUCCUCCACAGGUUCCCCCCCAUCCAUCAGGGCCCCCCGUGGUGGGUGCACUCCAGCCCCCAGCUUUCACAGCACCUUUAGGAAUUCCCCCUCCCGGAUUCGCCCCCGGGGUGCCGCCGCCGCCGCCGCCUCCGUUCCUCCGGCCGGGCUUCAACCCGCUGCAUUUACCUCCAGGGUUCCUUCCUCCCGGGCCGCCGCCUCCCAUAACCCCUCCGGUCUCCGUCCCGCACACUCCGGCAGUGAACAUCCCCAACUCUACAGCCACUGGUGGGAGCGAGGACGCUGCCAAGGAGUCGUCCGUAGGAAAUCCCAUCCCAACAGUAGUGUCUGGAGGCAGAGGGAAUGCUGAAAGUACCGACGCUUCCAAACUCUAUGGCACUGUCCCACCUCCUGUAGCACCUACCAACGUCCCUGCUCCUGUCACCCAGGCUGUUCCACUCCUUGGCACGCAGGGGGUGGCGCCGCCGCCGCCCGCGCCCGUGGUGGGGCUGCAGACUCCGUCCACGGGGCUGCUGGGCGCCCGGCCCGGGCUGAUCCCGCUGCAGCGCCCGCCGGGGAUGCCGCCGCCGCCGCCGCUGCCGCGCUUCCCCAUGCUGCCGCCGCGCCACAUGCCGCCGCACAUGAUGCACCGGGGGCCGCCGCCGGGCCCCGGCGGCUUCGGCAUGCCUCCCCCGCACGGCAUGAAGGCGCCCUUCCCUCCGCCCGGCCACUUCGUGCGGCCCGCGGGCAGCCAGGGCGGCGGCGAGGAGAGCAGGGACGGGCGGCAGUUCCGGAACGACAGGCAGUUCGCGGGCGGCGGCGGCAGAGAGCAGGAGCGCUUCGGCAGGAGAUCCUUCGGGAGCCGCGCCGACGGCGAGCGGGAGCGCUACGGCGGCCGCGACGAGCGGGAGCACGAGCGGCCGGGCGGGCGCGACCGGCGAGACUGGGGACGCCGCAGCCCCGAGCGCGACCGGCACAGGGACUCGGAGGACAGGAACAGGCGCUCCAGCGGCCACCGAGACAGGGAGAGGGAUUCCAGGGAUCGGGAGUCGCGCAGAGACAAGGAGGAGAGCCGCGGCAAGGAGAAGCCGGAGGUGACAGACAGGGCGGAGGGCGACAAAAACCACGAGUCGCACGGCGGCAAAACGGAGGGCGCGGAACUCGUUUCAGAACUGGCUGCGGGAGACGCCGAGCCCGCGGGCGCCAGCGCCGCGCCGGAGUCAGCGCCCGAGGCUACCUCAUCCCUGGAACAGGCGGACAAGGACACGGGCUCGGCGGCCGAGGCGCCGCGCUAGGGCCGCCCGGGCCGCGGAGCCCGGCGUGGCUUGUACAGUGCUGUAAAUCCGCUUCCGCCCCGCGCCCCGAGGCGGGGCGCCGCGAGCAAUUUGAUUGCUUCCCUUCUAUUUAAAAUAGCCACAACAUAACAUAAAAUACUGAAGAGAUGAUUAAAAUAUUACCCAUUUUUGCUGUAACUUUUUUAAAGUUUUGACUUUAAAAAGUUUACGAAUCAGAAGUAGAAGUGCUUUCUAUUUUUUUUUUAAUUUAAGAAAAGGUAACGGUGAAAGCUCCUCAAAACAAUAGGGAUGUGUUUUUAAUAAACUCUAUUUUCGUAACAAACUUUUAACGUGUGCUAUUCUUCCUACGCUGCACUGAAGUGGAAAAGGAGUGUCAGCAGCCUAAAGUUGGAACUGUUAAUGCUGUACUGGAGUCUAAAUUAGACUGGUUUGGUUCUGUUUGUUAAAGGAAAUCCAUCUGUUUGUGUAGCGAUUCACAGAAGUGAAUUUUUAUUUGUAACAGUCCUCUGGAGUUUUAGAUUGCUGCAUUUUAAUGAGCUACUUGACCACCCCGGGUAAAAGUUAGUUUUAAGAUGUUAAUUGCAGAGUUAACUGUUUUAGUGUUUGCAAUGCAAUCCAUUCUUUGCUUUAUUUUUUUUUUUUCCCUCCCUCCCUUCAAUUGGUUCUGUGGUUCCUGUUGCUCCUAAUUUGCCUUUUUUUAAGAAGCGACCCCUUCAGGCACCGAGCACCUGCUCUGAGGUGACACGGUGUGAGCCAGGCCGGGCAGUGCCUGCUCUGCAGCUUUGGUACUUGCUGGGAGCGAGACCUCGGAGCGCCACAACUGCAGCCUGGCUCUGCAGGCGGGGCUGGACAAGGACUGGGCCCUCCCUCCAUGGACACGGGGCUGCCCUGCUCACCCUGCCAGAGGUAGGUUGUGUCCCCGGGCUGGGGACAGAG